GUUGAGAAAAUUCCUCAACAUUCCCUUUUUUUUCCGCUGGGCAUGGAAUUGUGCCAUUUCUAGAAGCUUGCCAGCAAGUGCUGCAUUGUGCAGCCAUACUUUGUUGUCUUUCAAAAACUGUGUAUCAACUUGUUUAUGUCUUCAAGCUCGUUAACUUCGUUGCAACUACGAGAAACAACGAGUGACGGCGUUAUCACUGACAGUACAAAACCAGACAACCACUAUUCCAAAAGAUUGUAUAUUUCCAACUUACGAAACAAAAUAAAUCCAUUUGGAAGAACCAGAGACAAGCUUGUUCGUUUAUUAUCCUGCUUCGGAGCCACUUGCGAGCCAACUAUGGAGUCUACUAGUCCAAGGAAAGCAGAAGAAAGGAUUGCUUCCAAUGUUUUCUCAAAGAAUAAUCUGACUGAUAGGCAAAAGGUUUUUUAUGAUCGAAUUGAAGCAGGAAACAUUUUGGCGCAUUGGUUGCAACAAGACUGGAUGGUUGCAGCGUUGCCAACCAUCGAUGGUGUGCAGUUGGAUGCAAUCGUAUAUGGUAUUCCAUCUGGUGGGAUUCCUGUGGCUGCAACAAUUGCAACACAACUCAAGUUACCACUGCAAGUUGCUGUCGUGAGCAAAAUAUUAUUACCGUGGAAUACGGAAGUUGGUUGUGGUGCUGUCAGUUUUCGACAAACGGUCAAGUGGAAUGAACCCUUUCUUCAUUCUAUUGGUUUAUCCAAAGAACGAUUACAGAAGCAAAUGGAAGAAGCUUUAACCAAAGUGAAUCGAAGAACGAAAGCAUUGGGGGGUGUACCUACGAUACCUACUCGAGAGGAAAACACUGCUGUCAUAUUGGUCGAUGAUGGUUUAGCUUCUGGAUGGACUAUGACUUUGGCUAUAGAAGAAUUUCGAAAGAUGGGAGCAAAGAAUAUAGUGGUAGUUGUACCAACGGGUUCCUAUGAUGUUGUGUUGAAAAUAGCCAAAAUAGCCGAUGUGGUCUUUUGUGCAAAUAUUCGACGGGAGCCUAGUUUUGCUGUGGCUGCAGCUUAUGAAAACUGGUAUGACGAAAGAGAAGAAGAAAUGGUACAACUUAUUCGUUCAUUGAACAACAAAUCAUGCUACAAGUAAAAUGGUACUAGUUAUGGUGAGGUAG